GUUUUUCAAGGUGUCCAGAGUUUAUAUGAAUAGAUUUGCAUUUAGAACAGCCCACUAACGCCCAAAUUGAAGAGUGGCCUCAUGCUGGUAUAAUCUAGGCGUCUAUGUAAUUUUUUUGGACAGGCGUCAAGGAAAGCGCUCUGGCGAGACUACAAAACACGAAGUAGAGACGCCGAGUGCAAUGGUAGCUUCCAACUAUUUCCUCGAUCGUUCCAUGCAGUUCUUGGUGGUGGCACUCAGUGUGGCUGCUUUCUUUCUUUUUAGAGGGCGCCUUGAUUGGCAGUCGAGCACCAGUUAUGUGCUUUGUUCUCCGGAGGACACCGAAAAAAUAUAUACUGUGGAUAAUGCCAACUCCCGUGUCCAGUGCAUGUUAAUAAAUAACGCCGUCAUAACACAUACCGGAUCUCUCGCCCAAGUUCAGCAGCAGUGGCAAGACUCCAUUGCUGGGUUUUUCAGCAAAUACCGCGCUCUUCCGUCAGUACGGUAUAUUCAACCUGGUGCCAUUGUGGUGCCCGGUCUAACUGACUCCCAUGCUCACAUACUAGAAUAUGGCGCCACUCUCCAGCUACCUUUGGAAGGCACGAAGACGGUCAACGAAACUGUUGCUCGAGUUCGAAAUUACAUUCUCUCCAACGCCGAUAUACAUUCAGAUAAAUCCAAGUUCGUGCUUGGGGGAGGUUGGGACCAUACAUUUUGGCCCAGUGGAGCUUGGCCAACUGCUGAAGACCUUGAAUUGGAUCCUGUCAUUCGUGGUCGCCCAGUUGUCCUGCAGAGCAAGGACUGCCAUGCACUUUGGCUCUCACAAAAGGCACUAGAGUCCAGUCUUCCUUUUCCUGAAGAGGUUGAUGGAGGUCUUAUUGUUCGAGAUGCCUCUGGAAAACCAACAGGGAUGCUUUUGGAUAACGCUCAGGAAUUGGUCAAACAGCCGAAAUUACUCGAGGACGAUCUUCUGAGGCGCUUCGAUUCUGCGAUUCAGAAUGCCGUCAAGUUCGGCCUAACAUCGAUACACGAUGCCGGUUUGGAUCCUGCUUCGUUGAAGUUCUUCAAACAAGAAGCUCGGCGACGAAUACUUCCGAUCCGCAUAUAUGGAAUGUCAUAUUUCGAUGAGAAUGGUGACUAUUGGGGAAACACCUCUCAGCCGCUCAUUGCCACCGGAGACGAAAGGUUGACUGCAAGGAGUGUCAAGAUUUUUGCAGAUGGUGCUCUUCGAACAGGAGGUGCCGCGCUAUAUGAGCCUUAUGCGGAUAAUUCUAUCACGAAUGGCUUAAUGAGGAUAGACAAGGACGUUCUUUUCAAAUACAUUCCGCUAUUUUUGAGAGAUGGAUGGCAAGUGAAUGUUCAUGCUAUUGGUGAUCGAGCAAAUGGUCUGGUCGUCGACGCUUUCGAAGCCUCUCUGAAUGGAGUCAACGUUACUGCAUUACGACCUCGAUUAGAACAUGCCCAAUUAAUGACCAAAGCAGAUAUGCAUCGUGUCGGCAAACUCGGCGUUAUUGCAAGUGUCCAGCCUACUCAUGCUAUCAGUGACAUGCUUUUCGCGGAAGACCGUUUGGGACCAGAGCGGGUGAAGAAUCUUUAUGCUUUCCGGACCUUAAUAGAGAGUGGUGCACGGAUUACCUUGGGUUCGGAUGCGCCUGUAGAAGAUCUGAAUCCUUUGGCUGGAUUUUACGCCGCUAUCACUCGUCUUACUCCGGACGGUGACUCGCCUCACGGAACUGACGGCUGGUUUCCUGAACAGCGAUUGACUCGGGAGGAAGCACUACGAGGAAUGACUAUUGAUCCGGCUUAUGCCUCAUUCACCGAGUCCAUAUUGGGCUCUUUGGAGGUCGGAAAACGAGCAGAUUUCGUGGUGUUCUCGCAAGACAUUAUGUCCAUCCCUGUACCUGAAAUUCUUUCCACCAAGGUGCUGGCAACGGCUGUGGAUGGAAAGCUUGUUUAUGGUGCGAUUUAAAUAUUCGGGCAGGGCUUCCAACAAGCCUCCAAGUUCAUUCUCUAUCCGCAUUUCAACAUGCGUCUUGAUUUUUAUGGAUUUUUCAAUUCUUCCGGUUGCCUAUGCUCAUCUAGCUUCAAGUUUCAAUUUCAAAUCUUUGGUUCUUGACUACGUUGAUUGAAGGGGAUACUUUCAGUUGCGUAUCGUCUGUUCUGCGCCUGAAGUCCCGUUCGAUUCCCGUAGUAUAGUAUACCAUCCAUGCAUUCAUGUCCUCAAAUGUUGUUUGUUUGUUCUUUCAGCAGUCGGUGAUUGAAGGGGAUAAUUUCAGUUGCAUUGUCUGUUUUGCUUCUGAAGUCCCGUUUGAUUCUCGUAGUAUACCAUUCAUGUCCCUGUAUGUUCUUUCAACUUUCGGUGAUUGAAGGGGGUUUUCAGUCGCGCUGCGUCUGAGAGAUCCCGUUUGAUUCUCGUAGUAUACCAUU